AUGUCUUCAUUGACUUCUUUAAACCUAGAACUUUAUGAAAUCCAAUCAAAAAGAUGGCCUACUUUUGGUCGUCAUAUUAUGGCACAAUAUGAUGAAUCUACAAUAAUUGUCUACCAAGCAUUUAAACCCUCCAUUGCCAAUUACGCUAGAAUGACAUGGAUAAAACCUAAUUUUGCUUGGAUGAUGUAUAGAUCCGGAUGGGCUACAAAAACAAAUCAAGAAAGAAUUUUGGCUAUUAGAAUAACACUUCAAGGAUUUAAUACAAUUCUUUCAAAUGCAGUCGCAUCAUCAUAUGGGCAAGUCAAAAAUAUCUUCGUUAGUAAAGAUGAUUGGAAUUUAGCGGUAAAAGCUUCAGAUGUUAGAUUGCAAUGGGAUCCUGAUCAUGAUCUAGUUGGAAGAAAAUUAAACCGCAGAGCAAUUCAAUUAGGUAUUCGUGGCAAGUUUUUGGAACAAUAUUCAAAUGAAUGGAUUCAAAAUAUUGAAGAUGUUACCGAGUUUGUUAAAGAGCAACAUAAAUUUGUGGUUGAAGAAAAAUUAGAUCAAGUUAUGACACCUUUUGAAACUGUUUACAAUGUUCCAACAGAUAUAAGUGAAAGAAUUGG